AUGCGCCUCACCACGCUCACACUCACAACCCUCUUCGCCCUAACCUUGGCGACCAAACCCCACCACAACACCCACGGCAGCGGCGACGAUAACGACUCCCCCGACACAAUCAACGUCCCAGGCGCCCCCCACACCACCCCCGACACCGACACCCAAGACGACACCACGUCCAACACCGCCAACACCCAAAACAACAACAACUCCCCCAACCCCAACCCCACCAACACCGCCUCCUCCAGCACCUCCACCUCCUCCCCGAAACCCAACACCUCCCCCCCCAAACCCAAAAAAACCAACAAGAAACUAAUCCACCCCACCGACCCUGCCUCGCACUAUAGCUACCUAGGCUGCUACAACGAGACGACCGGAAUCCGCGGCACGACGGGGACGAGGGCGCUGAAUGGAGGGAAGAAUGAGGCUGUGCCGGGGCAGAUGACGGUGGAGAAGUGCUGGACGUUUUGUAGUACUGGCGCGGGGGAUGCGAAGGGCGGGAGGAGUGGACGGUUUGAGUACGCCGGGUUGGAGUAUGCUAGAGAAUGCUGGUGCGCCCAAUCGCUCUCCAGCCUGGCAACCAAGCUCGGCGACAACGACUGCGACCUGGGCUGUGAAGGCAACGACUCCCAGGCAUGCGGGGGGAAUCUCAAGCUGACGGUAUACAAAGCGAGUGACGCUGCGACCAUCCGAGUAUUCUGGACAGGGUUGGCCAUAGCAGGCGUGGUAUCACUGGCGCUGCUUUAA